CGCCACCCGAGCGGGGCGACGGGGCCGGCGCGAUGCGGCAGCUGUGCCGGGGCCGCGUGCUGGGUAUCUCGGUGGCCAUCGCGCACGGGGUAUUCUCCGGCUCCCUUAACAUCCUACUCAAGUUCCUCAUCAGCCGCUACCAGUUCUCCUUCCUGACCCUGGUGCAGUGCCUGACCAGCUCCACGGCGGCGCUGAGCCUGGAGCUGCUGCGACGCCUCGGGCUGAUCGCCGUGCCCCCCUUCGGCCUGAGCCUGGCGCGCUCCUUCGCCGGGGUCGCUGUGCUCUCCACGCUGCAGUCCAGCCUCACGCUCUGGUCGCUGCGCGGCCUUAGCCUACCCAUGUACGUGGUCUUCAAGCGCUGCCUGCCCCUGGUCACCAUGCUCAUCGGUGUCCUGGUGCUCAAGAACGGCGCGCCCUCGCCGGGGGUUCUCGCGGCAGUGCUCAUCACCACCUGCGGCGCCGCCCUGGCAGGAGCCGGCGACCUGACCGGCGACCCCAUCGGGUACGUAACAGGUGUGCUGGCGGUGCUGGUGCACGCAGCCUACCUGGUGCUCAUCCAGAAGGCGAGCGCAGACACGGAGCACGGGCCUCUCACCGCGCAGUACGUCAUCGCCGUCUCAGCCACCCCUCUGCUGAUCGUUUUUUCCUUCGCCAGUACUGACUCCAUCCACGCCUGGGCCUUCCCGGGGUGGAAAGACCCCGCCAUGGUCUGCAUCUUCGUGGCCUGCAUCUUGAUCGGCUGCGCCAUGAACUUCACCACGCUGCACUGCACCUACAUCAACUCGGCCGUGACCACCAGCUUCGUGGGCGUGGUAAAGAGCAUCGCUACCAUCACAGUGGGCAUGGUGGCCUUCAGCGACGUGGAGCCCACUUCUCUGUUUAUUGCCGGCGUUGUGGUGAACACCUUGGGCUCUAUCAUCUACUGUGUGGCCAAAUUCAUGGAGACCAGAAAGCAAAGCAACUAUGAGGACCUAGAGACGCAGCUUGGAGGAGAGGAGACACAGCCAAGUGGAGACCAGCUGCCAUUCGUCAUGGAGGAGCUGUCUGGGGAGGGUGGAAAUGGCGAGUCAGAAGGUGGAGAGGCAGCAGGUGGUUCCACUCAGCAGAGUGGGCAAGAGUGGAGGGGCAGUCCCAGAGAAAUCCCGCUGGUGGCCAAGAGCUCACAGAUCACAGGUGACCAAGAAGAAAUGAACAAGAGGUCGUUGAAAGAUACUUACCUGGAAGUGUGGCGAUUAGUCAGGGGCACUAGGUAUAUGAAGAAGGAUUAUCUGAUAGAAAAUGAGGAGUUACCCAGCCCUUGAAAAGGAAGAGCAUGUAUGUACAUAUGUACAUACACUCAAUUUAUGUUACAGAUCAGAUCUAUUUUAAGGAGGGCCCACCCAGUUCUUUUCUUUGAGGACUGGGGAGGGGGAGCAAAGAAAGAAGCUG